GACAACCAUGUCCAUUCAUCAAGAGAUAAUGAAGCUCUUUGACAGUAGCAGGCUAGCAGUUGCGAUACUUGCGUAUUCUCCUUGUCAAAAUUGCUAAAGAUUCAACAGUCCCAAAGAAAUCUACCACCGAGUGAGAUGGGCUGAAAUUUGGGAUUUGGGGUGUGAAAGUAACAACAUUUGCAUUAACUUUGGCCUCCAACCAAGAACAAAUACGCUUUGCAUUCGGGUGGGGAAUGGGGAUGUUGUUCCAACCCGGAAAGGAUUUCCCUUUUGGAGACUGCAGAAUCAUAUUAAUAUUAGUGAGAUGUUCCAGAAUCCUCCAACAGUAUCCUCUGCUUUGUGGGAUCCAUAUCCGAAAGGUGCUUGCCUCUGUUCCGUUGAGUUCAAGUUGCCUCAGUUAUCAGCUGCAAGAUCGUACAGUCUUGGGUUGAAGUUUGAGCAUGGAAAACUUCAUAAAGGAGGAAGUAUAUUUGGAACUAUCUUUGCUGCCAGUAGGAAGACCAGAGUAGAACCAACUUCUAGGAAGCGAGAAGCAUAUCCCCAGAAUGUGGAUCUUCCACCUGUACUACCUAAGAAUAAGAAGAAACCGUAUCCUAUUCCCUUAAAGAAGAUCAAGCAGUUCGCAAAGGAGGACAAGAAACUUGCAGAAUUGGGUAUAGAGAAGCCCCUUGAACCUCCAAAAAAUGGAUUACUUGCCACUGAUCUGAUUCCUGUUGCUUGCCAAGUACUAGAUUCCUGGAAAGUUUUAAUUAAAGGCAUUGCGCAGCUGUUGCACAUCAUUCCUGUAUACGGAUGCACUGAAUGCUCUGAGGUUCAUGUAAGCCACCCUGGUCAUCACAUACAGGACUGUCUUGGUUCAACCAGUGCUAAACGCCGAAGCUUCCACUCCUGGAUCAAGGGUUCCAUCAAUGAUGUACUUGUACCCAUCGAGGCAUAUCAUCUCUUUGACCCUUUUGGUCGACGCAUUAAGCAUGAAACUAGAUUUCAAUACGACAGGAUUCCAGCUGUUGUGGAGCUGUGCAUCCAAGCUGGUGUUGAGAUCCCUGAGUACCCUUCACGUCGAAGGACCAAACCCAUCCGGAUGAUUGGAAGGAAAGUGAUAGAUCGAGGUGGAUUGCUUGAGGAGCCUCAACCAGGGUGCUCUGCAGAUCCAUCUUCCCUUAUUGAUCUCGACACACAUGGGGCUUGUGAGCGGUUUCCACCUCCACUGCCAGUGGAUAUUCCCAGGAUUGCACAGGAGACAAUGGACGCAUAUGAAACUGUUAGAUUGGGGGUGACAAGGCUGAUGAAGAAAUACACUGUGAAGGCAUGCGGGUAUUGCUCCGAGGUUCACGUGGGACCUUGGGGUCACAAUGCAAAGCUUUGUGGGGAAUUCAAGCACCAAUGGAGGGAUGGGAAGCAUGGCUGGCAGGAUGCUAGCGUGGACGAGGUUUUCCCUCCAAAUUAUGUAUGGCACGUCGAAGACCCCAAAGGGCCUCCACUGAAGGGCGGUGCACUCAAGAAGUUCUAUGGGAAGGCUCCGGCAGUGGUAGAGGUUUGCUUGCAGGCAGGUGCACAGAUCCCUGAGAAAUAUAAACCCAUGAUGAGGCUUGACAUUGUAGUCCCUGAAAGUGAGGAGGCACAAUUAGUUGCCUGAGGAUUAAGUUCCUAAUGAGUUGUAUACGUACCUUGAGUUCUAAAUAUGCUAAUACAUGUAUAUGAACUUUUUUUUUGUUACA